GUACGGUGUCUGAAACAGUCUUACGAAGCCGAAAACCGGAACGGAACCCAAAAUGAAUCCUCUGCGCACCGUAUGCCUGGUGGCCUGCCUCCUGGCGGCCUCCGUCAUGGCCAAUCCUCAGAGCCGCUCUAACUCUUUGAAUGGAGUGGACCAGCCCAGCAACUGGGUUAGCCCCCGGGAAAUUGAGGAGCUUCCUUCCCUGAAGCAGGUCACCCUGAACAAGCUACAGGAGAUGAGCCUCGAGGAGGGAGCCUCCCUGCUGGACAAACUCUAUCAUCUGUCCCAGUUCAAUGGAGUCUUUAAGCCAGAGUACACCCCGGAACCCAGCCAAGUACGCGGUUACAUUGUCGGCGAGAAUGGCCAGAAGAUUCAGUUCAACCUAAACAACUUCGUCCAGACUGUGAAACGCCAGCAGAACUUCGGUGACGACGAGGUGACCAUCUUCAUCCAGGGUCUGCCUCAGCGCUCGUCCCAGGUGCAGAAGGCCACCCGCAAACUGGUCCAGGCGUACCAACAACGCUACAACCUCCAGCCCUACCCUGGUACCGACUCCGACUCCUCCGAAGAGCAGCAGCAGCAGCGCAGGAAGCAGAACGAUGACCAGGAUGAUACCAAGACCGGAGACCUGAUCGUGAUCCAGUUGGGCGAUGCCAUCGAGAACUUCGAGCAAUACGCAACUUUGAACAUCGAGCGGAUCGGCGAGAUCAUUGGCAACCGCCUCGUGGAACUGACCAACACUGUCAACGUGCCACAGGAGAUCAUCCACCUUAUCGGAUCCGGCCCCGCUGCCCACGUUGCCGGAGUCGCUGGCCGCCAGUUCACGCGCCAGACCGGACACAAGCUGCGCCGCAUCACCGCCCUGGACCCCUCCAAGAUUUACGGCAAACCUGAGGAGAAGCUUACUGGCCUGGCACGCGGUGACGCCGACUUUGUCGAUGCCAUCCACACUUCGGCCUACGGCAUGGGCACCUCCGAGCGCCUGGCUAAUGUUGAUUUCUACCCCAACGGACCUGGUACCGGAGUUCCCGGAGCUGACAACGUCGUGGAGGCCGCUAUGCGUGCAACUCGCUACUUUGCCGAGUCCGUCCGCCCCGGAAACGAACGAAACUUCCCCUCGGUGGCCGCCAGCUCCUACAAAGAGUACAAGCAGAACAAGGGGUAUGGCAAGCGCGCCUACAUGGGCAUCGCCACCGACUUCGACCUUGAGGGAGACUACAUGCUUCAGGUAAACUCGAAGAGUCCCUUCGGCCGCAGUACUCCUGCCCAGACCCAGUCCGGCUACCACGCCGUCCACCAGCCUUGGCGCCAGUCCUCCUCCCAGGCAUCCCGCCGCCAGUAGAACGGCGCCAGAGUUAUAGAAUUCUGGAGUCAGAGGUCCUGGAUGGUCAAGAUGACAACCCAGAUCGCUCCUCGCACACCCCUCAUGCGACCGAUCAGUACAGCCCAUCCCCAGACAUCCAUAUCCAUAAGCUUCCCAUCCACUAUUUUUUAAUACAAUACGCUUCGUUUUUUUUGUCAAACAAUAAAAAACACAUGCAUUUUUAAAGAAAA